AUGGAACCUGAAGAAAGUAAAAUUUCAGUAUGGGUUUGCCGAGAGGAGAAGCUUGUAUCGGGGUUGUCAAAACGCACAACUUGCGCUGAAGUGAUCAAAGUUCUGUUGGAAGAUCAGAAUUUGCAACAAUGCGUCUCUGCUGCGAUGCUGUCUGGAUCACCGCAGACUUACUGCAUCGUAGAGAAGUGGAGGGGAUUCGAAAGGAUAUUGCCGAAUAAAACUAAGAUCCUUCGACUUUGGAGUGCAUGGGGAGAAGAGCAAGAGAACGUAAGGUUUGUUCUAGUGAAAACUGACGCGUCUUUACCCAACAACGGGCCAAGGAGCGCAGAGGCGCGCGUUGUUCUAAGUAAGGAGAGCCCGUGCGUAUUCAGGGGAACUGCAAGAGUCACAAUGGCUUUCUCACAAGAGAAACAGAGACGGAUUGUUCGAAAAGCAUUUAGAAAGUUGGAUAAAAUUAACAAAAAGAGGGCAAAAACCAUGUCUAAAGACAAAUCUUCAGUAGAGAAAAUGGAAACUUUAGUACAUCUUGUCGUAUCUCAAGACCAUACAAUCCGCCAGCAGAUUCAGAGAAUUAAAGAAUUGGACAGGGAGAUUGAGAGAUAUGAAGCAAAAGUACACUUUGAUAGAAUGAAAAUGCACGGCAUCAAUUAUGUGCAGGACACUUAUUUGGUGGAUACAAAUCCGGACAAACUGUCAGACCCCGAGGCGGAGAGGGUAUCUUCCCGAGAGGCACUUGCGCAAUUUGACGAAUAUGUCAAAAAGUGCGAAGAGGUGAUAAGGCUGCAAGAGGAACUGGCUAAGCACGAGGCUGUUAUGGACAGUAUUACUACUGAAAUUCAGGAAGAACUAAAUCAACGGUGGAUGAAACGAAGGCAGGACGAGCUUUAUAGUAAGGAUACUGAGACUAACACAGAGGAGGCCACUUUAACGAUUGUGACACAAACGCUAGAGCGAGACUCAAACCCCAUGAAAACUGAAGAUUUAUCAGAGAGCGAAUUACUUUUUGAGGGGGAGCGAAUCAGAACUCAACUAGACACGAGUUUAUACAUCGGGUUGCGGUUAAACACGGAUUUAGAAGCUAUCAGGAACGAUUUGGACUUGACACAGGAGAUUUGGGGUGCCAAAGAUGAAGAGCUGAGGGAUUUGCUUGAAAAAGUUGACUCACUGGAUUUAGAGGCCAGUGUGGAACCAUCCACGGUGCUCGAGCAGAAGGACACUGCAGACACUGACAGCACCCCUUCCAUGAAAAGAAAUAGUGGAUGGGUGGAACAGGCCAGGGGACUUUCAAAAACAUGCAACACUAAUGAUGACGAUUCAGAUACAGGGCUGAGCUCCAUGCAUAGUCAGGACUCGGAUAAUGUACCUGUCUGCGAGUCACUCGUUUAG